UCAAAACAUUGUGAAGAUUUUCAUUUUUGUGUGGAAACCUCUGCCAAGUUAUUGCGACGAAAAUUUUUGAUUUUAAUUUUUAAUUUUGAUAUUAAACAAUCCAUACAAAAUAAUCAACUAUUCAUUAUAAACAACUUAAUAUAAAUAAUGCUAAAAUAGAUUCCAAGCACCACAGAGCCCGACAAAGGUAUUCCAACGAAGCAAACUUGCGAUGGCAUCCAGCAUAAACAGCAAUGAUUCAGAUGAGAGCAAUAAUAAGGCUCCAGAAAAUUUCCAUGUUUCAUCAUCGAAUGAUGCUUGCGACGAGGACUGCCAUAGCAAUAGUAAUCACAUGAGGUUCCGGUGUCCGCUGUGCACAACCUUACAGAAAAGUUUCCAUUGUCGGUGUUGUAUCCGCAAAGGUGACUUCUUACAUUCCUCGCACCACUUUGAUGAAAGUUUCGCUCAGAAACAAAAAAAGUACCUUAAAAUACAGGCCAGUCUAAAGGUCUACAGCAAUCGAUAUGAGCGCCUGAUCAAGGAACAAAAAACUUCCGAGAACAUGAACUUCGAAAUCAAGCGCAAGAAGGAGAGAAUAACAUUGUUAAAACAACUCAUAUCGAACAAGCGAGUGCAAAUCAACAAGAAGCUUGAAGAAAGGAACGAACUCAAAGCAGCCAAUACCGAGAAGAACAAACAUCUUCCCAAAUAUCCCAUCAAGGUAAAAGAGUUGGAAGAUUAUGUACUCGAUCGUACUGAGAAGAUCAACAAAUUACGUGACAAAAACAAUGAGCUGCUUGAGAAGCUAAAGAAAGUUUCUUGUAUUGACAUUCAGAAGCUGGUCGAGUAUAUAUUUCCCAUAUCUGAAGUUGUUCUUAAGGACGAACGGACGGUGGUGAUGCACCAUCAAGGUGGAGGAACACUGGCAACAGUUGCAGAGGACUCAGAUACAGUUGCGGCAUUGGCCGAUGCCAAAAACACAUCAUACAUACGUGGCAAAUGGGUGUUCCAUGGAAGUGGCAUAAGCGAGAUGCAAUAUCGGAUUGUAGCGCCUUCAUUGCCGGCCAAUGGCGACUAUUCAGCUUAUCUGGAUUGGCUGACGGAGAAUAAAGACGAUGUGCCGAAAUCGGACACAAAUGAAAUUUCGCCCAGCAGAGUAGCUGCGUUCCGCAUCGCUGGAGCACUCACUUACACAACCCAAUUGACUAAUCUAUUAAGUUUCUAUUUGAACGUGAGAUUGCCAUUUAAGCUGGCUUACGGGGAUUUUUGUAAGAAACUUAACGAAGAACAAUUCACACGCAAAGUAUCACGUUUAAACACAAAUAUUAUGUACCUGGCAUACACCCAACGUGUGAAGCUAAGACUUCUAAAGGAAAAGCAUACUCUUGAGAAUAUAAUAGCCACAUUGGAUUCGGAUAAAAGUGAACUUGGUCGAUACGGUCCAAAUGAAGUAACAUACGCUCCAUUAAUGAAAUCGGUGGACUCUCUGUUGGUUGGAAUUGAAACAGGCACAGAAUCAGAAUCUGAAGAUGAAAAUUCACUAAGACUAGAUUGGGAAGCAGUAUCUAGUUUACCAACUCAAGAAAUAGCCCCAUCAAAUAUGCUGCCACAAAAUCAACAAACGACUAGCAUAGCCGAGGGUCUUAUGACAAGUGCAGCCAAUCGUUUGGCUUCGAUUCUUCGUUGGGUUAAAUAAACACAAGUUUUCUCGAGAUGAUUUAUACAAUCUAAAAAAAGUAUAUAGAAAUUAUGUAAGUUUGAAUUAUAUAUUCGAGAAAAGUAAUCUUAUAGGAUUGAAAUACUUUAAAGUAUAUAUGUAAUAUUAAAUAUAACAUAGCUACUUUAAAAUAUGAUUUAUUUUUGUUCAAUUGUAUUUGGUCAUGUAGUCGAAAAAAUAGGUUAUUCUUAAGUAUUGUUUUUUAAAAUUAUAGUUGGAUUUUAUAGAAAAACCGACUUU